AACAAUAGCUCCUCCAUCUACGAUGCCGCAAGUAGUACUAGCCGGUGGCCUAGUCUCCUUCUGUGGGUCGAACUCUUGUUUUUCGAUGUCCUUUACACGAUAGAGCUGACCGCUUUCCUUUUGGGACUCUCCUACAUCGUCAUUAACUACGUCCGAAACGCUUCUCCGCUGAAAAAAGUAGUGCAGGAUCCUAGGAAACAACUAUUGGACCGACUCCUCUUUGUCUCGAGAGUUCUGUUGUAUUGGAUCGAAUCCUCAGAAAAUUUGGGGAAGCUGUACAACAUUUAUGGCAACCUACUGUAAAAUUGUACUGGUGCUGACGUUGGCACCACUGAAGGAAAAAUGGUGUUUGACAGUUAGUACACAAACUCAUGUUCACUACCAGAACUUAUCUCUACGGGUGCUAGGAACAGAAUUAUUAGGGAUACUCACACACACACUCAUGGGGAGGUAGGCAACAGCUACCUACGUAAAGGCCUUGGCCUCCCGUCACGUCCAUCUCGUUGCAUCGUCCAUCUCGUUGCAUCACUCUAACCUCCGUCCGUCCCCAAAGUAAUCAAUCUAGCGGGUUUCAAGAUUAGGUGUCCGAAGAGGCCACGGUGGGUAACGCGAUUGAGACGUAGAGUUUGCUGGUGUAGCUGCUGUCAGCGGAGAGGCACGGCAGCAGACCCCUAUCACAUCUCGAAAGCGGAAAAUCUGACGAUAUUGACGGC